AUGAAAAAGGAGACCAUUGAAUACCAGAAUUACCACAAUCUGAAGGACCAAAUAAAAAGAGCACUAAUUGAAUGGGAGCUACAGAUCCAGUCAUUGGCUAAUAGCGAGGCCAACAGCACCGCCGGUGACCACAAGAAACGGCAAUUGUUGGCUCAGAUAUGGGACUCCGAGCGCCAGAUGUCGGCCGAUAUCAACAGCCGUCAGCACCAGAAGGAUAGGGAGAGACAGACAUUACUCGACAGUAUAUCUCAAUUGGACAGACAUUCGGCGCAACUUUUGGACAGUAUCUAUAACUGGGAUGAGAGGCACCGAAACCAAGUGGGUGCGCUCGAGUCGGCUGAACGUCAGCUUUUAAAGCGUAUGCUUCGGUACGACAAAGAAGUGGUGCUCCGGAAGAAUGCGAUACUCAUUGCGAUGCACGAGAUGUUGGCGCGUGAGUCACCUCAAAGGGCUCUCACCGAUGAUUUCAAAGAGUUUAAUCAAUUGGUGAUACGCGUCAAAAUCAAUCAACAGAAAACGAGACCAACAGUUGCGGCAAGAGGUGCUGAGUAUGGAGCGCUGACGCCAGUGGCGGCCGUCACCUCCGUAUUACCGCAAUCAGUGAGUCAUUCAUACAAUGCGGCCGCUUUGCCGUCAUCGCACGCCUAUUACGCCAACUCCACGUCCAGCACAUCAUAUUACAAGUCACCAUGGUUAGAAUGGGGAGGGGAGGGGGUAAAGAAAAGGGAAGAUCGGCAUCGACAGGGAGGCGCAUCAGACAUGGGCCGGUACUUUAUCGUCCGGUCUCGGGAGUUUGGGUACUCCUGGUCGCCGCAGACGUCAGCCACCCAGUGCGUCUUCAGCCGAUCUUACUAG